GGAACUUGAUGCCAUCUCAGCUGAGGAAUGUGUGAUGCGCCACCACAGUAAAUGAGUGAAAAAGGGAGUCAAGCUUGCAUAAAUUUUGAGAAGCAAUGCUGUAGCAAAUUUUAUUUUCUGCGGUUAAGUUCUGGAAAUAUUGCUCAAAAUGGAUCUAUUAACUUCACCUGAUGAAACAGAGACAGUUAUUUUGUCCCUCCAGUGGAUUUCUCAGUAGACCCCAUCUGGGGAAGGUGGGACUGUCUGUGCAAAAUGUAUCAUUUGUUUGAGUGCUCAGGACCAAAUAAUCAGUCAAGGAAGCUGUAGGUCUUCUUCUGUCCUUCCAGCUGGUGUUCUGUAUAGUGAUGGGUGGGUUGCACUAGAAAAUGAAAUGUUAGUUCUAAGGAUUUUAGAUCAAAAGAUGAAAAACACCAGUUUUUCCAACACUAGGAGAAGAAAACUGUUCUGAGAAUUUGACUUGUGUGCUGACCAUAUGUGUGUGCUCCUUGGCUGUCCUAAGUGUAAAAUACACAAAUGUUAACUUAAGACACCUUUUUUGAGCUGUUGAAAUGAGGGAUGUUCAUGGUCAUUUUGUCCCGUUCUGGUGAGUCUGUGGCUCUGACCACCCGUACAAAGGCAGAAGUGGAUGGAUGAAGAAUGAAUGCCCUCUGUUUUCCCAGCUGGAGCAGGCAGUGCCCCUGUGUACAGGGAGCAGACCUGGAGCCUCCUACACCUGGCAGUGCAGCACUGCUGUGAUUGUGACAGCAGUGAAAUUUUUACAGAAUCCACGGGUUCGCCAAAGUCCUCUUGCAACCAGAAGAGCAUUCCUGAAGAAGAAAGGCCUGACAGAUGAAGAAAUCGACCUGGCUUUGCAGCAGUCGGGCACGAGCACGGAUGAGCCCCCGUCCCCAGGUGCUGCCACGCACCCCGUGCCAGCUCAGCCUCCUCCCCCCGUGGUGUACAGUCCCCCUGGCUCCAGAUGGCGAGAUUAUGGGGCUUUGGCUAUCAUCAUGGCAGGAAUUGCCUUUGGGUUCCACCAGCUCUACAAGAAAUAUCUGGUCCCUCUCAUCAUGGGAGGCAAAGAAGACAGGAAACAACUUCAGAGGAUUGAGUCCAACAUUUCUGAGAUGAGUGGCAGUGUGACACAGACAGUGACUCAGUUACAGACAACCUUAGCAGCUGUCCAAGAGCUGCUAAUCCAGCAGCAACAGAAAAUCCAAGAGCUCACCCAAGAACUGGCUGCUUCUAAGGCCACAACUUCCACCAAUUGGAUUCUGGAGUCGCAGAAUAUUAAUGAAUUGAAAUCUGAGAUCUACUCUUUGAAAGGACUUCUCCUGAACCGGAGGCAAUUCCCUCCCUCCCCUUCAGCUCCCAAGAUCCCGUCAUGGCAGAUCCCAGUGAAGCCAAGCUCGCCCUCCACCCCCGUUGUUGCCAACCACAACAGCAGCAGUGACAUCUCCCCCGUGAGCAACGAGUCCAGCACGUCGUCCCCAGUGAAGGAGAGCCACAGUCCCGAGGGCUCCAAGGGCAGCUGCCACCUGCUGAGCCCCGACGAGGCCACCAAGGCCAUCGACGUCACGGGCCAGGUGCGCAUGGAGGUGCAGGGGGAGGAGGAGAAACGGGAAACCAAGAGGAGUGAGGAGGAGGAGGAGGAGGAGGAGGACGAUGAGGAUGAUGAUGUCAGCCACGUGGAUGAGGAGGAAUGUCUGGGUGUCCAGACUGAGGACCGGCGAGGAGGGGAUGGUCAGAUCAAUGAGCAGGUGGAAAAGCUCCGGAGACCUGAGGGGGCCAGCAACGAGAACGAGAUUGACUAAGACACCCUGGCUGCUGCUGCUGCUGCUGCACAUCUGCCCCAGCCUGCUGCACUGUCCCCAGUGCCUCUCCCAUUUUGUGGAGAGAAAAGCUCCCAUUCCCUGCAGUGAUUCUCCCUUGAUUGACCUUGAGCAAGGUCAUGAUUGCUUGGUGAACAGCGUGAUUGCCCUGUUUCACCACAGGGCUCUGCAGUCUUGCAGUGGCUUCUUCUCCCCUCCCAGCCCUUCUUCCCAUGAGCUGGGGUCACUGCUAGGCUGGCAGACCGAUGGCCUUACCAUGCACCACAGCUACAGAAUUCUCCCUCUUACAGAAGCAGUUGGCCUCUUGCUGCAUCCUAGAGCCCUUCUAUCCAAUUUCAGAAACCAGUCUGUCCUGAGCUCCUUGAUUUCACAAGCCUUUAAUCCCACAUAAGGCCCAAACCAGUUCUCUGUUUCCCAAAAUAACCCUGUUUUAUUUCUCAGACUACUUGAUACUCUGUUGCAAAAAAAACCCCAAAAACCAAACCAAAACAAAAAAAAAUUUAACCUCAAAUUCCUCACCAGAUCUCAGUCUUGGCUCUUCCAAACCUUAUACCAAGCCUCAAAUUGCUGAAACUACCUAGCACGUAAAAACACUAAAUUUCUGUGGGGUCCAAAGAAUUCUAUUUCCACCCCACAUGUUUAUAUUCAUCAGAGUGGCCUGUUGGUAGGGACCAAGUCCAGGUGUCAUGGCCACCAUAAAAUCCAUGAGAACAGGUGACUUUAUUGAUGAUUGCUCCCCAGUAAAAGGCUUUAGAAGAAGUUGACUCUACUCAUCCCAGUUAUUACCCUUCCUCCUCCAAAGGCAAGGAGCUCACAUCAGUUUUUGACAUCUUUUAUUUAUAGCUGCCAUGAAUGAAUGAAUGAAUGAAUGGGGUGAAAUCAGAUGCUGAACUAGUUGGUUAAUUCUGAAUAUUUGCAAUGGUUUUUAGCCUUUUUUUCUCCCUAAAUGAGAAGAAAAAUGAUCAUAAAUGGUACCUCUCCAGUGGCAGGCACCUGCAGCAAAGCAGUGUCUCUCUAGCAGAGAACAGCUCCAGUUCUGAGGUUUAACCACUGGCCCUUCUUGCCCAGUCCAGCCUUUUAUUUUUUGCCCCAUUGGGCCAUACACAAAGCAGUGAAUUUUAAACCUCUCAUUUGCAGCAUUGUGUUUGCAGCUGGUAAAUGGUGGUGUCCAUGAUAUUCACUGCAUCAGAGCAUCUUAGCAGAGCAAUUCUUGUAACAACUGAGCCUCACUGUCCUCACCAAGCAAGUGUGCUCGUCUGUGUGAUCAUGUAUAGAUUCAAAUAUAAAAUAUGAUUGUAUAUAAUUGUAAUAAAUAUGAGUUACCACUAUUUAACA